AUGAAAACCAAGUUGUCUAUCUUCUUAUGCUAUGCACUGCUUCUUGUCUUUGUUGUAAAAGCUAUGCCUUUCGAAGUUAGGAAACAAGAUGGUGAAACAAAAGAAUCAAAGACAAAUAUUAGAAUUAAUGGAUAUGUACACAAUCCUGUCAAAUGUAAAAUUUGGAAAGGCUUCAUAAAUUAUUUUCAAGGUCGAAAAGUGGAUGACUCAGGAAACGUCAUAAAAUUUCCUAGUGGUGGAAGAUCAGGCUACGGUGGAAAGACCAUAAACUUUCCUGAAGGUGGAAAAGGUGGCGUCGGCAGAAAUAUCAUAAUCUUUCCCAGAGUUGAAGAAGAGAGUGAUGAUGGAAAAGUUGGCGAUGGAGGAUAA